UCACAGCUCAUUGUAAGCAAUCAGGCAAAUAGAAACUUGCAGCGGUGCAGCAGGCAGGCAGGAACGUCUGACGUUGGACAGACCACCACGACUUUCACCUUCUUCUCGCUUGUCACAAGAAGACCUGCAGAUGUGCCUGAGCAGAAGACCUGCAUCACUUCAACACCAUCGACAGACCAACCCUAGGAACCAGGACACUCAUGUUUUUUUGACGGCGCGACAGGUGUUUUGAGUCUGAAGUCACAAUGCUGCCUGUUGUUUGUUUAGUAUUUGUCCUGGCGGGAUCGGGACAGGCCCAGAGUCAGAGUCGGACCUCCAGGCAGGACGGCUCAGCCAUCCCGUGGCGGCAGGUGAUCCAGUGGGAGAACAAUGGUCGCAGGUUCAGCCUGCUCAACAGCGGGUCCGAAUACGUUCCUGCCGGGAGCGGCACGCAGGACCAAGAUCACCGAAUAGUGGUUGCCGACACCCGCCCUCAGUCGUCCCGUAGAUCUCAAGGUGGCAACGUCCGCAGACAAGCGCCUUCACGAGGAUCCUCUGAGACUAUCCGCGGACAAGCCAGGCAUCCUUUCGGUUUUGGGCAAGUGCCUGAUAACUGGAGGCAAACGUCAGGCUCCACAGGUGGGGUACCUUUCCAGGGGUCCUCCAGCACCAGGGUCAGGCAAUCCACAGGCUCCUCAUCUUCCUACCCUUCAUCACCUUACAGCAUUCCUUCCUACCCUCAGUAUCCCGUUCCUCAGCAACCCUUCUACCAACCUGUGCCGUUUGAGCCCAGUUAUGCGGAGGGGCCGUACAGGAAUUACGAGCCGCCCUUUCAGUCAGUUCCCGGAGGGGGUUACGCUGGUGGAUCGUACGCCGGUGGACAGGGGUACACCGGAGGGGUGUACGGUGUAGGCCCGGUACUGCCUGGCUCGCAACCUGAUUUCACAGAUGACAGUUACCAUUUCUACCAGUCUUACAGCUAUGGAACCAAUCCUGCGCCGCCCCCACAGGCCACCCAGCCCGUCCAGCCACCAUUCUCAGAUGGCCUGGACCGCAGAUACACCCACAGUCUAUACAACGAAGACCCUGCCGCCUCAAUCCCUGAAAGCAGAGUGGACCAGCCAGGACAGGCCGGCGAGGCACCGGUACGGAGUCCUCAGUAUGAGCAGUUCCCACCAUUCGCAAGACCGCAGCCUCCCUUCCUGCAGCCUGUCCCGCCCGGCAGAAACUCUCCAAACUCUGCCAUUGAGCAAACCAAUGUUGGGAGCAUAUACCAACAAGAGCAAAGAGGGUUACCUGACCUAGUUCCAGAUGCCAACUAUGUCCAGGCUUCGACGUACAUUCAGAGGGCUCGCAUGUAUUCCCUGCGCUGUGCUGCUGAGGAAAAAUGCCUUUCGAGCUCUGCGUACGCACCGGAGACCACUGACUAUGACGUCCGAGUACUGCUGCGAUUCCCGCAGAGGGUGAAGAACAAGGGCACCGCUGACUUCAUGCCGAACAGGCCACACCAUACCUGGGAGUGGCACAGUUGCCAUCAGCACUAUCAUAGCAUGGAUGAGUUCAGCCACUAUGACCUGUUGGAGGUCGCCUCAGGUCGCAAAGUGGCGGAAGGACACAAGGCCAGUUUCUGUCUGGAGGACACCACUUGUGACUUCGGACACCUGAAACGUUAUGCGUGCACCUCUCACACUCAGGGUCUGAGCCCAGGUUGCUAUGAUACUUACAAUGCUGAUAUUGACUGUCAAUGGAUCGACAUCACUGAUAUCCAGCCUGGAAACUACAUACUGAAGCUCACGGUCAACCCCAAAUUCCUGGUGAUGGAAUCCGAUUUUACGAACAAUGUGGUCAGGUGUAACAUCCACUACACGGGACGCUUUGUUACGACUACCAAAUGCCAGCUUGCGCAGUCUUGAUCAGGCACUGGAAGACCGAACGACCGACCAUUCUCGAGUGGCCCUGACUGCUCCUCGAUUGGAAUGUGAAUGGGACUCGGCGGCUCGCUGUAGUUGUUUGUUUGUUUUUGCUGUUUUAUUGUUUUUUGCGCUGUCUCAGAUUUGGGGGACCCCUCAUGGCGGAAGAAGUGGGAUCCGCUUUUGGCACUGAUUCAGUUGGUUGUUAUUUUAAGAUGGGGUGGGCAACCUACCUGGACAACAUACGUCAUCCCUCCCCAGAGUAAUUGAUCUGCAACGCCAUGUAAAUUCUAAAAACUAAUAAAAUCACAUAGGGCAAAGAAAAGCCAGCAAAUAUAGCUCACAAUAUAAAUAAUAAUUGCUAGCUUGCAUCAGGUGUUUUAAUGAUAAUACAUUUAGCAUGGCCUUUGGAGAACUGAAAUGGGCCAUAAAAAA